UGGCAAGCGGUGAGGACUCUGCGCACGGCGGCCGCAGGACGUGCAGCGUGCAAGUGGAAUCGGCUUUUCCGGGAGGCUGGACUUCUGAGCGCGGGCGUGAGCCGGUGCGGACCCCGCCCGGGAAUCCUGCGGCGGUCGGAAGCGGAGUCCAGUUCCGCGCGUACGCCGCCGCAGGGGGGCGCUGCCGCCCUCGCCGGCCGCCCGCGCGCUCCAGGCUGUCCCCGCGGCAGGGCGCGCCGCUGCAAGAUGUCUGUGCGCCGCGGCCAGCGGCCCGCGCGGCCCGCCACCCGCCUCUCCUGGCUGCUGUGCUGCAGCGCCCUGCUGUCCCCGGCCGCGGGCUACGUGAUCGUGAGCUCCGUGUCCUGGGCCGUCACUAACGAGGUGGACGAGGAGCUGGACAGCGCGUCCACCGAGGAGGCGCUGCCCGCGCUGCUGGAGGACUCGGGCAGCAUCUGGCAGCGCAGCUUCCCGGCCUCCGCACACAAGGAGGACGCGCACCUGCCGCCUCCGCCAGGCGCCGCCCGCGCCAGGCCGCCCCCAGCGCCGCCCGGGAUGUUCUCCUACCGGCGCGAGAGCGGCCCGAGGCUGCGCCCCGGCAUCGCCCGCUUCCUGGCCCACGCCAGCGCCUGGGGCUGUCUGGCCACCGUGUCCGCCCACGAGAAGAUCCCAGGACUGCCGUUUGGGAACUGCCUGCCCAUCAGCGACGGCCCCUUGAACAACAGCACUGGGACUCCUUUCUUCUAUGUGACACCCAAGGACCCUGCAGUGGCUGAUCUGAUGAAGAACCCUAUGGCUUCCCUCCUGCUGCCAGAAUCGGAAGGAGAGUUCUGCAGAAAAAAUAUCGUCGACCCGGAAGACCCCCGAUGCGCCCGCCUGACGCUCACCGGCCAGAUGAUCACCGUGUCUCCAGAAGAAGUGGAAUUUGCCAAGCAAGCCAUGUUUUCAAGACACCCCGUGAUGAGGAAGUGGCCUCGUCAGUAUGAAUGGUUCUUUAUGAAGAUGAAGGUAGAACAUAUCUGGCUGCAGAAAUGGUAUGGAGGAGUAGCCGACAUUUCCAAGGAGGAGUACUUCAAAGCAGCCCCAAGAAAGGCCUGAUGCGAACGAGAGAGGGUGACCAGGGAACCCCGUGCCAGGCUGGAGAUUGGAGUGGUCAUUUGCAAACCCCCAGCUCACGCAGGUAUACGUAUAUAUAACCUCUGUUUGUAUCUUAUUCCACCCGGUCUCACCGACUAGGGAAUCAUCGUUGAUUGUCAAAGUGACACGUGGAGACAGUUGCCAUUCCAUUCCUUAGGACCAAAAAAAAAAGUGUGUGCCAUGUGAUUGCAUUGUAUUGUGAGAGUAUUUUUGUUGCUUGCUCCGCCCAAAGCAGUCUUGAUUUGAAGCUCACAGGGAGCACGAAGGAGCUAACCCUGCAUCACACGGCCACGGUCUUGCAUUUGGGGUGAGCACGCAGGAUGGGUCGUCUCUGGAGUCCUCAUCGUGCUACUUACCAGACUGCAGAUGCAUUAUCAAAUCCUCCCAUUUGCUAGAAUGUCCUGGUCACUUAGGAAGCCUUGGUCCCACUGUAACCUGACAAACCGCGUGAGAACACAGAGCCCUGGGCGCAGCCACAUUCUGUGUAAGCCAGCCGUGGUGAUUCAUUCGUGGAGUGGGACGGCUUCAGCACCAAGCUCCCCAGAUCCCCACGGCUAAUGCUUCUGACAGAGGGUUCCCGUCCCUUAGGCAUGAGGAGUGGCAUCCAAAAUAACAAGCAUCUCAUUCUGUGGCGUGUAGGGAGGAGAGGGGGGAGGUAAGGAAGCAAGGACCAUGUACAAGGAAGCAAAGAAGGCGGUAAUUGACGGCACGCUCCCUGCCCAGCCUGGGACCAGGCCCUUGGCAGGGUCAUCUCCUGUCAGCCGUACAACCAGUGAGACUCAUAUCAUCGUUGCGACUUAUAGAUGAGGAAACUGGGGUCAGAUAGGCUAAAUCAGCGUCCCAGGCUCUGACUCACCACACAUCAUGGAUGGAGCAAGAGAGUCACUGAAAUGCAUGGGGGUCAUUGAAUCAGCAAAAUCAGUAAAGUGAGGAUUAAUGUGCCUGUCACUAAUUUGUCACUGUUAACUACCAAAAAAAAAAAAAAAGUCUCUGAAAUUUGAUUGUUACUACAGAUGUAAAUUUUUACAAAUUAUAUGCAGGAGCUCCUGGUUUUGCAAGAAACGACAUUGUACCCAAGUACACAUCUAAGGCCUAUAGAGGACCUAUGUGUGUACAUCCAAGACCUCUUACAUUGAAGUCUGUAAAGAUCUAGCAGUACCCAGUUUUCCAACUUUUUAUAAUGGCUAUGAACCCUCUGUGGUGGGUUAGGUGUGUUGUAUAACAUCAAAACAUGAAACUAUCUGUAGGAAAUUUACAUUUCCUAAAUAAGUAACAUGUUAUUAAUGGUUAUACUUUUAUUUUAAAUAUUAAGACAUGAACACAGUUUGAGAUAUCAAAAUAUUUUUAAGUGCCUGUACUAAAAGCAUAGUAAGAUGCACAGAAUUCUUUUUUUGUCAAAAUCCAAUUCUCAAAAGAGUUCCUAACAAUAACAAUUUCUAAUACAUAAGAAUAAGUUCACAUUGAUGGUACUUUCUAUCUCUGAGUUAAAAAUUUUCACUACCCCCAGUUUAGAGGUAAGAGGGGGAAACUGGAAGGAUUAAACCACCUAUCUCAUAAGUCAACCUCAUACCUUAAUUCUUUGGGCAUCACUACCUCCAGGUUCUGUCUUACGAAUAAUGUUUAUAUGCUAAGUUUGCUUUUAUAAUCAGGUUCCACUCAGCUCAUUAAGCCCUCUCUGUUGCUUCAAGGGGCUUUGCAGUAUGGGUGCCAUUUAUAACCACUAAUGAAUGUUAUUGGUUAUUUAUCCAAACGUUAGGAAAUGAGGUCUAAACAGGUUGGAUGAUAAGAAGAGUGUUGAAAGUGCAUCUGUUUAAGAAUGAUGGGCCCCAUUCAGGCCGGUAUGUUUCAGCAAAUCUCUGGAAAUUUACAUUGAUGAAAAUGUUGAAGGGUGUAGGAAAUUCUACACAUGGCAAUAAACAAGAAAAAUUAAAUGCAUAUGAUUAGAAAGAAAGAAAAGUAUCUCUGUUUACAGAUGACAUGAUUGUCUGCAUAGCAAAUUCCAAAGAAUCUAUUAAAAAAAAAAAAAGAAAACUCAUAGAACUAGUGGGCUCAGCAAGGUUUCGGGAUACAAGGUCAGUCCACAAAAUGUAAUCACAUUUCUAAAUAUUAACAAUGAACAAUGUGGAAACCAAAAUCAAAAGCAUAAUACCAUUCACAGUCACUCCAAAGAAAAUAAAUAUUUUGGUAUAAAUUUAUCAAAACAUGUACAACAUCUAUAUGCUGAAAAUUAAGAGAUGCUAAUGAAAGAAAUCAAAGACCUAAAUAAAUGAAGAGAUACACCAUGUUCAUGGAUUGAAAGACACAAAGUAUCAAGGAUGUCAGUUCUCCCCAGAUUUAUCUACAGAUUUAACACAAUUUCUGUCAAAAUUCCAGCAAAGUUCGUAGAUAUAUCCAAGUUUUUCCAAAAAUUCCAAGGUACAGACCUUGAAAUAGCUCAAACACUCUUAUGAAAGAAAGAUCAGUAGGAGAAAUCACUCUAUUCAAUGUAAAAAUUUAUUAUAUAGCUACAGUAAUCAAGACAGUAUGGUUUUUAUUGGUGGAGGCACAGACAUAGAUCAAUAGAACAGAAUAGAAAAUCUAGAGAAAGAACCACACAAAUAUACUCAGUUGGGUUUUGUAUAAAGGUACAAAAGUAAUUCACUGGAGGGGAGCAUAGUCUUUUCAACAAAUGUUAGAGCAAUGGGAUAUCCAGAGGCAAAUAAAACCUCAGCCUAAACCUCAUACUUUAUAUGAAAAUGAACUCAAAACGGGUCACAAUCCUGAAUAUAAAAUGUACAACUAAAAAACUUUUUUUAAAAAAAUAGAAAAUUGUAGGGACCUAGGGCUAAGCCUCAAGAAUACUUUGAUUUGACGCCAAAAAGCACAAUCCAUAAAGAAGAGUUUGAAAAAUUCAUCAAAAUUUUAAACUUUUGCUCUGAAAAAGACCAUAGUAAGGGAAUGAAAAGGCAGGCUACAGCCCAAGAGAAAAUAUUUGCAAGCACAUAUCUGAUAAAUGACUAAUACCUAGAAUAUAUGGAGAACCCACAAAAUUCAACAAUUUUUUUUUAAAAAUCCAAAUAAAAAAUGGAGAACAUAUAUAAACACUCCACUGAAGAGGAUAUACAAAUGGCAAAUAAGUCCAUGAAAAGACACUCAACAUCAUUGAUCCUUAGGGAACUGAAAAUUGGAACCACAGUGAGAGAGAGACCACUGUGCACUCAGCACAAUUGCCAAGAUCAAGUAACAACACCAGGUAUCAGCAAGGGUGCAGAGAAACUGCUUCAGCCAUACAGAGCUGGUGGGAAUGUAAAAUGGAACAGCCACUCUGCAAAGCACUUAGCAGUUUCCCAUAAAACUAAACAUGCAGCUGCCAUACCACUCAGCAAUUGCACUGUUGGGCAUUUAUCCCAGAGAGAUGGAAACUUAUGUUCACACAAACACUUGUGCAUGAAUGUUCAUAGCAGCUUUAUUCACAAAAUUCAAAAACUGUAAACAACCAGAUGUCCUUUAAUGGGUGGCUGGUUAAACAUGUGAUACAUCCAUGCCGUGGAAUACUACUCAGCAAUAAAAAUAAUUUCCCAUAUGAACAACAACUUGGAUGACUCUCCAGAGAACAAUGCUGAGUGAAAAGUCAAUCCCACAGGGUUACGUGCCGUACAGUUCCGUUUAUACAACAUCUUGAAAUGCAAGAUACUAGAAAUGGAGAACAGAUUAGAGGUUGCUAGAGAGGAGGGUAGAGGAGAGAAGGGAGUGACACAAGGGAUCCUUAUGACGGAAACGUUCUGUGUCUUGACUAUGUCAAUGUCAAAAUCCUGGCUGGGAUACUGUAUGGUUUUGCAAGAUAUUACCCUUGGGGGAAACUGGGUAAAACGCAGACAGGAUGACUUUGUAUUGUUUCUUAAAACUGCAUAGGAAUCUACGAUUUCUGCAAUUAUCUCAGAAUCCAUAAUUACCUUGGAGUAAAAAGUUUAAUACAAACAAAAUAAAAGGUUUAGCUUAGGUUAAGGCAUUUAUGCUAUCUCUUGUUAGUCCCUAAUGAAAACAAAGAACUGAACUAUGCCAAAAUCUAGCAGAACAGACAUUGGUUGUCUUUGGUUAACCUUUAAUCAUAUGCAUCUGUGAAAGAGGGAGAAGAUUUAAGUUUCCUUACAUGUAUUCAACUUCAGAUUGAAUACAAAUUAAUAAGAAUUCAACUUAUCUCUAUAUAGAUUUUAUGUGGGACACUUAAAAAGGAAGGAUAUCUUCAAGUUUCUGACAUAAGCAUGUUGAGUAAGCUAUAGGUACCCAAGUCUGUACAUACUGAUUCUCCCCUGAGGUUUAUGGCAAAGAACUGUACUCCCAGCAAUCUUCCUGGAAUAUUCCUAAAUAUUCUGGGAAAGAACUCUUUUGUUUCUAUCAAUAACUAUAUCCUGACCCCCAUGUUUUUAUUUACAGUGAUUGUACAUAUCCGUCAUGUUGACAGAGAACAUACAAUUCUGAUGUUGUUUCAAUAUUCCUUGUAUAUGUUGACACAUUAGGAAACAGUUACUUUUUGGUUGAACUGUAUUUUCUGCGACUUUUUCAGAAAGUCUGUAUUUCACUUCUAAUGAGUUAACCAUCAAAUACUGCUCUGAAAAUAAAACAUGUCUAGAAUAAUUUAUUGAUGCACAUUUGAUUGCUGUAACAGCAAGCCUGUUAUUAGAAAAUUUGAAUUAUAAUGAAGCUAUGGUUUGUCUAUGCUAUGUAAUGCAUGUGGAGUGUGAAAUCUAUUUUCAACACUAGACAUGUCUAUUUAACCAAAGACUGUUUCAUUCUUGAUAUGAUUCUCAUGCUCAAUUAAAUAAAAUUAUGAUAUUUAUACAUAGUC